AUGCUUCCCCGUCGACUUCUUCGGUUCGUUGCUGUUGCGGCCAGCAUUUCGACAGGCUUUGGGGAUGCGGUCAAGGUCAAUCCUCUUCCAGCUCCCCAGUCAAUGACAUGGGGCUCUUCGGGACCUAAACCGGUGGCAGGCCACUUGGUACUGAAUACUCUACACAAUCAAAUCGUCGAUGAUGGCUGGACUCGUGCUUGGAACACCAUCGGCGCCUUGAAAUGGAUUCCCACUGCCACUGAAGCGCCUAUUCCCACCUUCGAGCCCUUUCCCACGGCGCCGGCAUCCUCGAGAGUGAAAAGAUCCAAUCCCCGUCUCAUGCAGAUCGACCUCACUGUCGAAGACCCAGAGGCCAAUUUACAGCAAGGUGUCGACGAGUCCUACACCAUUGACAUAACACAAUACUCGCCGUCGGUGAACGUGACUGCCAAAACUGUAUGGGGUGCCCUCCAUGCUUUCACGACUCUGCAACAAUUAAUCAUCUCCGAUGGCAAUGGAGGCCUCAUGAUCGAACAGCCGGUCUCAAUCGUUGACUUCCCCAACUAUCCUUACCGAGGAGCAUUAAUUGAUUCGGGACGAAACUUCAUCAGCAUUCCAAAAAUCUACGAGCAGAUCGAUGGGAUGGCCCUCUCGAAAAUGAAUGUGCUGCAUUGGCAUAUUGUUGACGCACAGUCCUGGCCUCUCCAGAUGCAGGUGUAUCCGCAAAUGACGCAAGAUGCGUAUUCCGCUCAAAGCAUCUACUCACAGGACGAUAUUCGCGAGAUCAUUGCGUACGCGCGAGCUCGAGGAGUCCGCAUCAUUCCCGAGAUUGAUAUGCCAGGCCAUGCAUCGUCUGGUUGGGCCGCGGUCGAUCCCAGCAUCAUCGCGUGCGCCAACUCUUGGUGGUCAAACGAUGUCUGGACGUACCACACGGCGGUGGAGCCCAACCCGGGCCAACUGGAUAUCCUCAAUAACAAGACUUAUGAAGUCAUUUUCAACGUCUUCAGUGAGCUUUCGAGCCUCUUCUCGGACAAUAUCUUCCAUGUCGGAGCAGACGAGGUUCAUUCAAAUUGUUAUAAUUUUAGUUCGCUUGUCCGGGAAUGGUUUGCUGUCAACUCAUCGAGAACGUUUGAUGACCUUUUGCAAGUGUGGGUCGAUAACGCUGUUCCAAUCUUCUCAUCCGUGGGAAAUAAGACGCUGAUGAUGUGGGAGGACGUCUUACUCUCGGUUCCGCACGCCCACACUUUGCCGCAAAAUAUCAUCCUUCAGUCGUGGAACAACGGUAUAGACAAUAUCAAAAAUCUAACCUCCCGCGGUUACGACGUGGUGGUAUCGUCUGCCGAUUUUUUCUACCUCGACUGUGGUUCCGGUGGCUGGGUGACGAACGAUCCUCGAUACAAUGAGAUGUCGAAUCCCAAUGCCUCAGUCCCCACCUUCAAUUACGGAGGAAAUGGAGGCUCGUGGUGUGCUCCAUACAAAACGUGGCAACGAAUCUACGACUACGACUUCACUCUCAACCUUACGAAGGCUGAAAACGCUCACGUGCUUGGGACCGAGGUGCCACUUUGGUCUGAACAAGUGGAUGACACCGUCAUAUCCUCCAAAUUGUGGCCCAGGGCUGCGGCUAUGGCUGAGCUCGCGUGGUCUGGAAACAGAGACCCAGUAACGGGGAUCAAGCGGACGACCCAAAUGACGCAGCGGAUUCUGAACUUCCGCGAGUAUCUGGUUGCAAAUGGUGUGCAAGCAGCACCUCUAGUUCCCAAAUAUUGCCUUCAGCAUCCCCAUGCAUGCGACCUGUAUUACAAUCAGACUGCCUUGGCCUCCUAUACGGAUAAUAACUUGGCCUAA